AUGCGGACGGAUGAAACAAGUAUACGGAGCGCACGAGAUCGGCGAGGCAGUGUGAAAUCUUAUUCUGACACGGGUCGGUAUCAGCCCUUCUGGUCCCGAUUGUGCGGACGAGUGUCUGAAAAAACACGUUUCACAUCACUCAAGGAUCCUGACACAUGGAUCAAUAUGGUGAAACGACCUAUUGAAUGCAUACCCGCCGUGAUUCUCGGCUUGCUGCUUAAUCUUCUUGAUGCUAUUUCUUACGGCAUGAUCACAUUUCCCUUGAAUAACCCUAUUUUCGCUGCAUUUGGACCUGAUGGUAUCUCAAUGUUUUUUGUGAGCUGUAUUGUCGCACAAUUGGUCUACUCCGGUGGUGGUAGCUGCUUUGAAGGUGGUAACGGAAGUGCGGAGCAAAUUAUUCAGUCGAUUGGAGAAGAUGAGCCAGGUCGCAUUGUGUCGUCGACGGUGGUUGCAUUUGCUAUUAGCAGCAUGAUGACGGGUUUAGCGUUUUUCCUGUUGGGUGCUUUAAAGCUAGGAUCGUUGAUCGGAUUCUUUCCGCGUCACAUUCUCGUUGGUACCAUUGGUGGUGUGGGCUGGUUUCUCGUCGCUACCGGUAUUGAAGUGUCGGCUCGUUUAACCGAAAAUCUCGCCUAUAACCUACCAAUGUUGCGUAAACUGUUCUUGGAUACGCAUACAUUUGCAUUGUGGUCUUCUUCGCUCGGGGUCGCCAUCCUGUUACGUAUUAUUCAGCAUCGCGUAUCCAGCCCGCUUGUCGUUCCAGCGUUUUUCAUGAUCCUCCCCUUUGCGUUUUAUUUCGUGUGCGUCAUUUUCGGAUUGGAUAUCGGUCACGUACGAGACGCAGGAUGGAUCUUCCCGCUUGUGGAAAGCGAUUUGCCGUUCUGGCACUUUUACACUUACUACGAUUUGACCUUGGUCGACUGGAGCGCAAUUCUCAAGACAUUACCGGCCAUGCUCGCAUUGACCUUUUUUGGACUUCUUCAUGUGCCCAUAAAUGUACCAGCUCUGGGCGUAUCGACCAACAAGGACGAUGUAGAUGUCAACCGAGAACUCGUUGCUCACGGAUUGUCCAAUGCCAUCUCUGGAUGUCUGGGCGCCGUACAAAAUUACCUUGUCUAUACCAACAGCUUGCUGUUUAUUCGAUCCGGAGGCGAUAGUCGACUGGCUGGGUUCAUGCUGGCGGGCGCUACGGCCAUCGUGUGGAUGAUUGGGCCAUGGAUUGUCGGGUACAUCCCGGUCAUGGUUGUAGGCAGUCUGAUUUUCCAUCUGGGUCUUGAUCUGCUCAAAGAAGCUCUCAUUGAUACAUGGCACAGUGUGCAUUAUCUGGAAUACAUUACGAUCUGUGCUAUUAUCGCGUGCAUGUCGAUUCUCGGAUUUGUGGAGGGCAUUCUGGUCGGCAUUAUCAUGGCCUGCAUUUUCUUUGUCGUGCAAAAAGCCCGACGGAGUCAAGCUAUUCGUGCUAGCCUUUCUGGUCGAUUCAUGCGAUCCACGGUGCGACGGGUGUACCGACAGCAGCGAUUUCUACAUUAUGUGAGCAACCAGAUUCAGGUCAUCAAGUUGCAGGGAUACUUGUUCUUUGGCACCAUCAACCAAGUCGAACGAGCGAUCCGUGACAUGCUGGACGAACGGGUGUGGGAUGUGACGCCGGUGCGAUUCGUGAUUCUUGACAUGCAACUUGUUCAAGGACUGGAUUUCAGCGCCGCCGAAGCGUUUGUUCGUAUUCGUCGAUUGCUCGGAAGUCGAGACGUGUACAUGAUCAUCUGUAAUGUAGCGCGUCAGUCGGACGAAGAAAAGGCCCUGGCAAAAUCCGGCAUGUGGAUGGAUGAAGAUAACAGUCAGCAAACAGAUUUGAAAUGUUUCCAGUACCUCAACGAUGCGUUGGAAUGGUGUGAAAACGUACUCUUGGAGUCUUAUUUUGCCAAGAUGUCACAGCGUCAAGAAGUCACCCAGACCGACUCGUUGCCUUCUGUGGCCUCACCACGUCAAAAAAUGCUAACCAAAGCAGUGAAGGAUAUAUUGGAAGAAUCACAAGCGCCAGUGAUUCAUUCCAACAUGACACAACCGAUGAUGAUUCUUGUUCAGACUUACAGUGAACUGAGUUCCGAGACGGUCCCCGUAGAGUUUUAUCACAAACUGGCGACGUACUUUGAAAGAAUGACGCUUAGGCGUGGCCAAGUCCUGUAUCGUGAAGGGGACCCCUGCGACUACAUGCUUGUGCUCGAGCAAGGUUGUUUGCGAAGUCUGAUGCGUGUCAAUCAUCAGGACGUCACCGUCGAAAGCAUUCUUCCAGGAAGUAUUGUGGGUGAACUUGGUCUGUUCACAGGAAGCGACGGACGCACACGGUCUAUGGUUGCUGAACAAGACUCGGUUCUUUGGAAACUCACCAAAGCCUCCCUGGAUAAGAUGUUGACCGAAGAACCCCACAUGGCCAACAAGUUCAUCCUUCUCUCCCUUCACUUUUCGUCAGAUCAUUUGGAUACCAUGACCCGAUAUGCUUUUCAAUUGCAUUAG